CUCCCAGAACUUCCGGGACAGUCCCCUCUUUUGCCCCCUGGAGCGGAGAAAACUCCGGCUGGCAGUCCUGCCCGGGGUCCCCCCCGUUCCGGGCGGCGCCCCCUGCUCUCACGUGCCUGGACCUCGAGGGCUUCGGGGGGAUCCCAGGAGGGGCUGACGGUCCCCAAAUCCGUGGCAGGCCACGAUGCUCAUGAGGAAAGUGCCAGCCUUCGUCCCGGCCUCGUCCUGGGGGCUGCGGCUGCCGCAGAAGUUCCUUUUCCUUCUCUUCCUCUCGGGGCUUAUCACCCUGUGCUUCGGGGCCCUCUUCCUGCUGCCCCACUCCUCUCGCCUCAAGCGCCUCUUCCUGGCCUCCCGGACCCAGCAGCCUGGCCUGGAAGUGGUGGCCGAAGUUGCGGGCCACCACCCGGCCCAUGAGCCAGAACCUCCACCCAACCCGGCCCCCGCGGUGCCUGCCCCAGGCGAGGACGAUCCGGGCAGCCGGGGCAGUGCCCGCCGCAGGAAGGGAUGGCUGCGGCGCACCCGUCCCACCGGACCCCGAGAGGAAGCCACGGCUGCCCGGGGCAACGGCAUCGCGAACCCUAGGCCUGGAGAGGAGAGUGUCCCCUUCAGCUUUGAUUUCAAUCUUUUCCGGAGUCGCUUGCGCCACCCGGUCCUGGGGACUGGGGCCGAUGAAAGUAAGGAGCCCCAAAGCCGAGUGCGAGCCCAGCGGGAGAAAAUCAAGGAGAUGAUGCGCUUCUCCUGGCAGAGCUACCGGCGAUAUGCGAUGGGCAAGAAUGAGCUCCGCCCACUCACCAAGGAUGGCUAUGAGGGCAGCAUGUUCGGUGGCCUCAGUGGGGCAACAAUCAUUGAUUCUCUGGACACACUGUAUCUCAUGGAGCUGAAGGAGGAGUUCCAGGAAGCCAAGACCUGGGUAGAAGAGAGCUUCCACCUGAAUGUGAGUGGGGAAGCAUCCUUGUUUGAGGUGAACAUUCGCUACAUUGGAGGACUCCUCUCAGCCUACUACCUGACAGGAGAAGAGGUGUUUCGAAUAAAGGCUAUCAAGCUUGGAGAGAAGCUCCUGCCGGCCUUCAACACCCCCACAGGAAUCCCAAAGGGCAUAGUGAACUUCAAAAGUGGAAGCUGGGGCUGGGCCACUGCAGGCAGCAGCAGCAUCCUGGCAGAGUUUGGAUCCCUGCACCUGGAAUUCUUACACCUCACUGAACUCUCUGGCAACCAGGUCUUCGCAGAAAAGGUCAGGAAUAUCAGAAAAGUCCUGAGGAAAAUCGACAAACCCUUUGGCCUCUACCCCAACUUCCUCAGCCCGGUGAGCGGGAACUGGGUGCAACACCACGUCUCGGUUGGAGGACUUGGGGACAGUUUUUAUGAAUAUUUGAUCAAAUCCUGGCUGAUGUCUGCCAAGACAGAUAUGGAAGCUAAAAAUAUGUACUACGAAGCCUUGGAGGCAAUAGAGACCUACUUGCUGAAUGUCUCUCCUGGGGGACUGACCUACAUUGCUGAGUGGAGAGGGGGGAUUCUGGACCACAAGAUGGGGCACCUGGCCUGUUUCUCAGGGGGCAUGAUCUCCCUCGGCGCAGAGGACGCCAAGGAAGAAAAGAGAGCCUACUACCAGGAGCUCGCAGCCCAGAUCACCAGGACGUGCCACGAGUCAUACGCUCGCUCAGACACCAAGCUUGGGCCUGAGGCCUUCUGGUUCAACUCUGGGAGAGAAGCAGUGGCCACCCAGCUGAGUGAGAGCUACUAUAUCCUGCGGCCCGAAGUGGUGGAGAGCUACAUGUACCUGUGGCGGCAGACACACGACCCCAUCUACAGGGAAUGGGGCUGGGAGGUGGUGAUGGCCUUGGAGAAAUACUGCCGGACAGAAGGGGGUUUCUCGGGGAUUCAGGAUGUGUACAGCAGCAACCCCAACCAUGACAACAAGCAGCAGAGCUUCUUCCUGGCAGAGACGCUCAAAUACCUCUAUCUUCUGUUCUCGGAAGAUGACAUGCUGUCGCUGGAGGACUGGGUGUUCAACACCGAGGCGCACCCGCUGCCCGUGAACCACUCGGACAGCUUGGGCAGCUCGGGCCCUGUGCACCGGCACUGACCUGCCACCCACCCCGCCCCGGCACCUCAGGGAUGCCUUGCCUUCUCGGGGUUCAGAACUGUUUCCACAGGCCUUGGGAACAGAGGCCCCAUCCUGGCCAGACCCUGGGCUGAUGUGUUGGACCAGCAACUUCUUUUCCUCUGUGAGGAGACAGGACCUGGAGACGCAGCAAGGCCAGGCAGGGCCCCGGCCCCCACAUUCCUUUCGACAGAGAAUUUCUACAAACUCACUUGCCACUGCAGGGCCAAAGGACCAGAGGGUCACAUCGCACCCCUGUGCUUUACCUCCUUCCCGACUUGGGGGUUUUGUUUUGCUUUUCCUGUUCCAUUAUGCUUUAUUAUAAUUACGUAGAUUCCAAAAUCAUUUUGUCUGAAACAAUGUCAUCCUGAUGAAGGAAACCUCAGAGCAUUUGCACAGAAAACCUUGGCCCCAGAUCUCUAUAUUUUUAAUGCCUUCUACCCAACAUUUACUCUGUGUUCAACCAUGUUGCUACCCUAUGCUUUCAGGAAGGGCCCUUUGACUUGGGCCUAAGCGUUACAGAUCACUAGUUCUAUUUUCAUUGUUGUCCUGGGAAAUGAUGUGAACUAGAAUAAAGGAGUUUAUUCAAUAAGGAAUCAGAUUGGGCUCAUUGCACAUCAGUGGCUCCUGGGCAAACCAGCACGCCAUCAUUGGAAAGAACAACCAGCCAGCAACAGAUUGAGGUAUAAUUUAGUAAGGAUUCUAGCUUCUCUUAUUUUCCCUUAAAUUGGUCCUGACGUUCAGGAAGUGUUGACGGACUUGGAUAUUUAUACUCAGACCGAGGCUUAGAGAAAGCCCAGAGAGGAGCAGCAACUUACCUACAGUCACACAGCCAGGAAAAGGCCCAGGAGGGCCUCACUCAGUAGAUGCCUGGUAAGCAUCAGCUAUAGUCCAAGUGCUGAGGUCAAGACCAGAGGCAGCACUGAGAGCAAAACAGCCUUCAGCCCCGCUGUCAGCAGAGUCAGGGCAGCCCCGGAGAACGGAGGUGGCAGCAAGUUGUGGGCAGGGCUGCAGAGGAGGCAGGCCAGGCCGAGCCAGCGAUGGCCUCCACCUGCCUUUGAGGUUGAGCAAGGGCCUCUGGGGCAGGAGGCUUUCCAGCCCAGCCUGGGAAGAUGAGCAGGAGAGUGGGAAGAGUAUCCAGUUGAGGCCUAGACCCCGUUUCCACCCUCCCAGCACCACCACAGCUGCCCUGUGAGAGGCCCCAACGCAGAAGCCACGUGCCGAGGAGGAAGCUGGGCCCCUGCACGGUGGUGCCCCACCUCACCCCCCCCUCCCUGCCACCCGGCUGCCCCUCCACGGAGCUGAUGGCAGGGGAUACCGCAAGCCCUCCCCAGGACUCAGCCACUUCAUUUUGGCUCCAUUCAUAAACUCAAGUGGUUUUUGGAGUGUUGGAGCUCUGGGCUGGGUGACCUAGCUUUAAAUCCCUGCUGUGUGUCCCCUGACAGAUCAUCUCACCCCUCUGUGCUCCACUUUGCCAUCAGGCAGACAGAGCUUCCACCUCUCGAGGUUUCUGUAAGAGUAAGUGGGAUGCUCCCAGCUCCCUGGGGGUGAGGCAGGAAGUACCAUUUCCUUGUUCCAGAGGCCCUGGCACCCACAGGACCUGGAGCAGAGAUGUGGUGUGCAGCACUGGCAUUCAGCAAACAAGCCACACACACGCACUUCACGGAAGUGAGGCUCCUGCGGCCCAUCGUAAAGGUUGAAAAAGCAAAAGGCAAAUGGGGAAGACUCGCUGCACCAGCACGAGAAGACCAGCAGGAAGGAAAACCGUUCAUCCUACUCUUUGGAAUGAAUACUGUUAUAUUUUCUUCUAGACCUUUUUCUAUGAAUAUAUAGAAUAUAUAUUUUGCAAACAUGGUAUCAUCCUAUGCAUACUGUUUUCUUAUAAUCUGCUUUUGCACUUAACUAUACAUUGUGAAAUUCCUUUCCACGUCAACAAAUAUACACGUAUGUCACCACUGU